AUGGAGGCGGCAAGUACUGGUGAACCUAAACCGCGCACAGUGGUGCUGAUUGGUCAUUCCUUCAUCAGGAGACUCGGUGUUCUAGUACAGAAUGAACCAGAUUUUGAUAACUUACGACUUUAUAAAGAUACAUUUAAAGUGUUAUUUCGAGCAAGGGGUGGCCUCAAGACACACGAGCUAGCCAACUCAAAGGAAUUGCUUGAUUUUCAAGGUAUACAUACCGAGGACGCUAUCUGCUUCAUCCAAAUUGGCGGGAAUGAUUUAACAGAUCCACAAGCAACACCAACCAAGGUCGCUCGGAAUAUUAUGUCGUUAGCGCAGUUCUUACUGUUAACCAACAAUUUUUCCUUUGUAAUAAUUGGACAGUUAUUACGCAGACAUCCGUCCAAAGUAGGCGACCAUUACAAUUAUAAAGUGAUAGACACUAAUAAACUCCUACACGAUCAGUGCCACCAAUCCACCAACAACAUUUUAUUCUGGCACCAUCAUGGCUUCUGGGACCCAGACAUGAAAUUCUUGGCCAGCGAUGGGGUUCACCUAAAAGACAGCAGCCACGACCACCGGUACAUGAAGAAGUACCUCCAGAGCAUUAAAAGUGCUGUCCUCCAUGCUUCCCAUCGGCCACGACGGGAGAUUAAGGAUAAGUAA